GCGGUCCGAGUCGAGUCGUGGCGAGAAAGGCGAUCCUCACCCACAAGUGCGCGCUAGUGUGCCCGUCACCACCAGCAUCACCACACCCAACUCCCCUCCUCGGUUCGACGGUGUUCAGUCGGAGGUAGAGUAAAAGUGAGAAGUGGAAGCGAAUAGGGUACGUGCGGUUCCCGUGGUAGCUGCGCAGCGGAGGAAGGUCGCACAAGUGUCGAUGGUGGCUUUGUUUGAAUGAAUAGCUAUUUCGGAAUUGUUUGGCAGAGCGCGCUUAGGGUGUGGGUGGUGAAAAUUUUACCACCUUUAGUGGGUGAACGGCAUUAAGCGAGGGGCGGUUAGGUGCGGGCUGACGAAAGUGCAUGUCCGUGUGUUUUAUUUUUUCAGCGUGAAGAGGAAAAGCCCAUUUGAAGUGUUAGCAGUGGGCAGAAAAAGAAACGGCAAGUGCCGUCUCGUUCUGGCAGGUUAGCUAGUAAUGUGAGUUCGAUGGUGGAUGAAAAAAGAUUCCAGCAGCUGGAUUGAGGUGGUGGAAAGUUUUGCCAUCCCCUGGAGUUGCACAAGUGUGCAUCAGUUUGUGUAUGUCUGUGGGUGUGCGUGCAGUGGACGAAGAAAACAGCUUGUUACUGCAAAUUUUAGAGGAAAACUAGCCUCCCGAACGCGAAUGGUGGAUAUUGCGUGCAACCGAGCAUGAGUUCGUGAAUAAUUUGCGGUAUAAUUGCGGUGGCUACCGGCACGUAAUACGUAAAUGGUAGUAAAAGCCAAUGAAUUGCGAAUUAAUACUAAUAAACCUAAUUGAAGAAAAAAAUAUUGAGGUUCUGUUGAUUCUUCUCGGAAGCAAAAAAAUAAACCGCCAACAGCUGGAAUAUUUUAAAAGAGAAUAAAAAGGUGUCACAGCAGAACAAAGUUUACCAUAAAUCGCCACCCUGAUGCUGCUGCUUACCGUGCUUCUCAGUUUCUGUCUUGUACGGAACGCCGAAUGCCGAAAGCCCAACCAAGAAAUGUUAGUUGAUCUGAUCCUGUGAUAGGAAAAGCUCGAGGAAAAUAAUUCAGUGAAGCAGCAACACCGGUGUGCCGUGUUCACCUGUUUUUGUCAGUGUUGUAGUGUGUGGAAGGUGUGGUUGUGGGUGGAAAAAUCGAUUCAUUGUGUGUGUGUGCUUAUGAAGAUGCACGCCUUCUGCAGGAAGGCAUUGAUAAAUAGGAUCUCUUUGCUUGUUCAGUGCAAAAGUGUGCCAUUGAAACAGAUCGAACUGCAGGUGUUAAAUCAAUUCCGGAAAAAAACAUCAAAUUCAACGUAUGACGGUAUGUGAGAGUGUUUCUAAUGUUCUACCUUUGUGACGUAAAGCGUGAGCAGUGUAAAGAAAUAGUGGAAAAGCAUUUACCGAGCAUACAGAAGAAGCAAAUACCAAGAAGAUAAAAUUGUGCCGAGUAUAUAACAAUUUAAACUGCUUUCACACCCCUUUAGAAAUUUUCAUCAGCUUGUGAGAAGCAGCAUAAAUUAUCACCAUAAGCGUACCAGAAAUCCUGCCAUCCAUACGAAGAGUGUUUGAGCGCUCAAGCGGGAAAAUUCCGCAACAAAAAAAAGAAGAAACUCGUGGCAAUAGAAGCCAGGUGGCAAAAAGUGACAAAACACAAGUUUUCCUAGAGCUUGAAAAAAGAGGAUUGUCGUACGACAGGAAGAUUUAUCGUAUCGCACCGCUUGUCGAGAAAAAGAAGUGGGAGGUGAAACAGCAGGUCGACAGCAGUACGCAAAGGAUUACACUGGGGCACUCUGCAGGCAAAUCCGAUUAUUUCAUUCAAAGCUCUAACAAAAUGCUUCGACAUUAGGCUAAACAGUAACCCGUUCGUGACAAUGCAACUGAAUGGUACGGUAUCGAUGGCAGCUGCCACCGAGCCUCCCGAACCGCCACCUCGAAAUCCCGAUAAGAUAAAUGCGUCACUCAAACAGCUAGCGGAUGCGAAAACCCGUUCGCUGGAUACUGCAGACAAAACAGCACCGGCCACCGGCGUUCGUCCCUUCCGGCCUAUCCUUUCGCUGGACAAUGCAAAACCAGCACCGAAACAGUUCGAUUCGUCUGGAACACCCACUUCGGCUCCAGCUACGUCAUUCAUCAGCAUCGGUAACAAUGGUACCAGCAACAGUAGCAACAGCACAGAAUCCCACAUUGCCAGCGGCGGGGGUCCAAGCUCGGGCACCACGACGGUCAGCAGUAGCAGUACCAGCCAUGAAAGUGGUGCCUCGCGUACCUUAUCGAACGACAGCGGUGGCGGUGAGCUGGCUCGCGGUGGUUCCUCCGGAAGUGGUGGGGGAAGUCCACCAGGUGGGUGCGGAGACACGACCGGAGGUCAAAUUAGCAACAAAUUGAACUUCGGCUCGCAGCAGCAUACCUCGCCCACACAGAGCGACCGGAGCAGCAGCGGAAGCAAAGAUCAGUCCGGUGAUAAUCUAACUGGCGAUAACCUGUUUAAGAACGGUGUCACUGAUUUGGAGUCGCCACAAACGACCAAGAUUCGGCUGGAAAAUGAACGACUGACGGCGGAAAUAACUCGACUGAAAAAACUGCUGGAAAACUCGCCGGAAGGAGCGGUCGGUGGUAUAGAGCUUUUAUCGGAUAGAGACAGUUUCGAUGCCCACUCAAUGGACGACAGCAGCAGCCGCGUUGAGAAGCUCGAAAACGAGCUCCGGAUAUCGAAAGAAUUAAUCCAGAGUCUGAAACUGGAACGCAAAAAGCUACGCUCGGAUAAGAAUGAUCUUUUGGUACAGGUAAAGCAGCUGUGUGCUUCCCUGCAGGACAAGGAGCAGGAACUGAGAAAUUUCAUACGCAACUUUGAGCAACGAAUACGUGAAUCUGAAACAUCCAGUGCGAAGCAGAACUCGGAACGCGAACGUGAACGAUGGUCUCUUCUGAAGCAUGCCCGCGACGAAGCGGAACGUUCGAUAGCGUUGGCCGCGCAGCUGAACGCUCGAGAUAUUCAACUGCAGAGAACCCAAGAACAGUUACAGGAAGCUAGACGUCAGUUAUCCGGUUGUAUGUCGGAUCAGGAGAGUCUGGUAUCGGCUGCUCCACUAACUCCUCCCUCCGGGUUAAUGAGUCAUGCCCAGACAGCUGCCGGAGGCUACUCGAAUAUCAGCGGAACGCCAGGCGAUCGAGGCUCGUGCAGUGCGGACUCCGGUGUUAGAGAAUUAAUUGCAGGAAGCAGCGAUCGGGAAAGUGCAGCUGGCGAUCUGAACCUAAGUGAUGGUCCCUGCGAGAAUGGACCCUGCAUACAGGUAGACUCGGAUAGUGUAUCGUUAGUGUCUAGUCAUCACAAUAUGUACCAAUAUGGAACACCAAAGGAACGCAGUCCUACGCUGUCUCCGUUGAAUGCCGGGGCAUAUUCACGAUCUGUCGAUAAUUCUGCACUCGCAAAUUCCUUCCGCUCGGUUGAGCAGCUGGGUUCGCCGGUCGAGAACGAGAAUCAAACUUUUUCCAGAAGACUGCAACAGCAACAGGCACAAUCUCAAUCAUCACAAUCAUCUAAGACUGGUGGCGCCACCGGUGGCGUUAGCCUCACGGGUCGCACUGGCCGAGGUGGUACCUGGGGUAGCAUAUCGCGAGUUUUCGCCCGUAGCCGGAAUCGCAACAAGAGUAACCCGGUAGCGGAAGCCGAAGCGGCGGACUUCCAGUGGAGUCCACUGACCGAGGAGGGUUAUGCAGAAAAGUUGCGACUACUGCGGGAAGCUUCCUCAAUGCCGAUGGACCGUUGGCGAGCUUCUCAGGUACUGGCCUGGCUGGAGGUAGCCCUAGGGAUGCCACAAUACAGCGCCCGUUGUGCCGAGAACGUCAAAAGCGGUAAGGUACUGUUGGAGCUUAGCGAUGCGGAAUUGGAGAGCGGACUCGGUACCAGUCAUCCGAUGCACCGCAAGAAGCUACGACUGGCGAUCGAGGAACAACGCAGACCGGAACUGGUUCGGUAUCCGACUAUCGGGCAGCUGGGUCAUACCUGGGUGGCUUCUGAGUGGCUUCCGGAUAUUGGUCUUCCACAGUACAGCGAAUCGUUCAUGCACUCACUUGUAGACGCUCGUAUGUUGGAUACACUAUCGAAAAAAGAGCUAGAGAAAUAUCUUGGUGUCACCAGAAAGUUCCACCAGGCCAGUAUUGUUCAUGGAAUUCACGUGCUGCGGAUAAUGAAGUACGACCGACAAGCGCUCGCGAUGAGGCGUCUGCAAUCCGAAAACGUUGACAAUGAUCCUAUCGUGUGGACCAACCAACGGUUCGUCCGAUGGGCACGAUCCAUUGAUCUUGGGGAGUACGCUGAUAAUCUCAAAGACAGCGGAGUCCACGGUGGUUUGGUAAUAUUAGAGCCAUCUUUCUCCGGCGAUACAAUGGCCACAGCACUCGGAAUUCCACCCUCGAAAAACAUCAUCCGGCGUCAUUUGGCAACGGAAUUCGAAACGCUCAUUCUUCCCGCCAGGGCUACACUGGGCCAGGGGAUCCGAACCGGCGGAACGGUGGUACCAAUCGCUAGCGGAAUCGGAAUGAUGCCCACACCCGGAGAUCGACGCAAUACCGGCAGCUUAAGGUUUUCCGCAUGGAAAGGAUCACAGGGAUCUCUCACGAAAGCAUUCCGGAUAAGUUCCGGGUACAAACCACGCGGCAGUAAUGGAAGCGGAGGCGGUUCUGAUAAAAAUAGUGUCUACAGUUCAACCUCUCCCACCCCAUCGUUCAGCAGCAGUGAGGGAGGCAUCUAUGCGUCAGCGGGUGGACUGCACUUCAUACAUCAUCUCCCACCACCGACCACCGCACCACCACCGGUUCCGGCCAUUUACUCUAUGGCCGGUCAUUCCAUUGGUGGCCCCAGCCCGCAGACCACAACAGAUCAACGGGCCAACCAUCGAGUCAGUGCGCCACCGAUGGAUCAUGCCGGAUCAUCUGCUGCAUCCUCGUCCUCCUCGAUGGCCGCCCUGCCGAAGUACGCCCAGCAUCGGCGGGUGAAAAGCAUUAGCGAUAUCGAGGUAGCUUCCGCUGCUGCAGCUGCAGCUGCGUCCAGCUAAAGGGGGCUCUGGAAUACCGAUACCGAAAUGCCUAACCGAAUUGGAUGACACGAAUUGGACCAUCAACAGCAACAUCAGCCAAAUCGUUUCCAUUCCACGUUCCGGCUACUUUUCGAUGCACACAAUACCCAUAUUUUAUCAAUCGUGGGACCGGGCGCGGCAAGGCGUAUGGCAGAGCAGUUUACGGUUUUACUAGACUACAACAAGGCACUAUACAAUUGGCCCUAGAAGCCACCGCCGCCAGUUGUUGAGAGGUCGAAAUGUGCGCACCGAUAAAACCAUACGGGGAACAACAGCUGACGAACAGAUAUAGGUUACGAAAUUCCAUUUGAGCCGGAAUAUAAAUUUUAUGAGAAUUAUGUUUCGGUUGAUGUUUCGGGCUUAGAGUAAGCGAAUGCAUGGCCGUGCGUAAUUUUUUGUCUGGGAGGGUUUUCAACUCGAAAAAUAUUUAUAUGACACAUGAGCCAAUUUGCUUUUCAAACGAAAAGUACGAACCAAAGAAUCUGGAGUCGGCGAAGUUUGAAAUGGCUGCAGGGCAGAUAAAUGCUUCGUUGAUUCCUGGUAAAGGUUACAAACAUUGAGGCACACAUAUUGAAGCGAGUUUCAUCAGAAGAAAGCACUGGGUUGGAAAAUCUCGUAUACAGGACCAUAAUCUUGAAGCGUAUUUUUCAACACAUCACAAGCUUGCAAUUGAAUGAACGAUUUGCUGUUUACUUGUCAGGUACAAAAGAUUGGUUCCAUUAUUGAUGAAGUUUCUAGUUGAAUGAACAAGAUUUUCAUAAUGAAUAUAAUUCCAGUUAAUCAGAACCCUGAAUGAAAUUUUGAAGUUCACGAGUGCAUGAUUUCAUGAAUCUAGUCUAGUGAUGGGAAACUUAUCGAUAAUAUCGAUAAAUGCUGGACACCGAUAUUAUCGUUAAUUUUUUGACGUUAACGAUAAUUAUCGAUAUUAUAAGGGUGAGCACAAGUCAGUGCGGCUGGUUACUGGAGGAGACCCAAAAGAAGAAGACCUCACCUACCCUACCCCAGGAGUUACUUUUGCCGCUAGGUAUUUGUUGGUUGCUGCUAUUCGACAAGAUUUAGCAUUGUUGGGGGUGGUGUAAAGGUUCGCCCCGGGUGUCACUGAGUUUCUGAGAAAUAAUGGUAACUAAAAAGGUAUUUAUAGUUUUUAGUUUCCUAAGAACAGAUGAAUUCGAUAGCUUAGUACUGGAGAACUUUAAAAAAAUAUCCAAACUUUUUGCACCAUCUCAUAAAAAGCAAUGAUACGAAAUUUUAAUAAAAUGCAUUUUCAUUGGCUUGCCAAUUCUCAUAAUUUGAUAGACAUUCAUAGCGGCAGUCUAUUGGUAGUUCUCUGGUAAUUGUUUAGUUUAGCUUGGAACUGUUUAAGUUUAAAGUAUCUGUGACCCAACAAACAAUUUUUAGUUCCAAAAGAAAUCCAACAAAAUAAUUGAGAUUAAUUAAAUUCUCUCGAAUUUUAAAUGGUCAGAACUUUACGAAAAAUGAAUCAAUUUUGAUAACCGGUUUCAUUUCACUGGAAAACAGUAUUAUAUUAGUAUUACUUGGGUACUUGGUGUGACCAACCUACACCUUAAAUGUUUCGGAUUUCAUGAGUGUGUGUCAAAGUGUACAUUUUUGCAACGCUUAGAACGUUUUAGGCAGCUAAAUUGUCUAUCUAAAAUACUUCAUUUAAAAAAAUCAGAGAUCACCGAUAAUUUUUAAAAUCAUUUUUUGUUUUUAAAAUUAAAUUUUUCUCAGAGUAGGAUCUUAAACUCAUUUUUUUAUAUUUUUUAAGGAAAGUUCAGAUAAUUUUUACUAAGAUAUAUUGAUUCAUAAGAAAAAGGUUCAAAUACAGUUAGGUUUUCUUGCGCGGGGGAUGCCUCGUGAAAAAAAAACAUGUUGAUUCAGAAAUCCGCUUGAAAAACCGCUUUAAUUCAAAAAUUCGCGUAGAAAACCACGUUAAUUUGAAAAUCUGCAUAAAUAACCUUUUAGAGAAAAUCCGCGUGAAAAUAAUCUGACCUUUUCAAAUGUUAAUCUAGUUAAAUUUUCAAACGCAAGUUUGCAAAGUAGUUUGGUUUAAUAAGACCUACACACCCACAAUGUUCGAUUGAAUUCUGCUAGAGUGCUGCAAGCUCAAAAAAAAUUAAUACCCAACAGGGAAAAAAACCGCCAAAGUCAACACCCAUACUUAAAAAAUUCAUACCUCGUUGACUCCUUGGCGAAUUUUCAAUCUUUGGCUACCAAUGAACCCGAAAUAAAUUCUGAUUUAUUGACAACAUAUAAACCUAAGUGAAACAGAAUGUCAGAAAAAGUUCUACGCGAUGCAAAAAUGUACACUUUGGCACACACUCCGGAAAUCCGAAACAUUUCCAGUGACCCUUGGUCACGUCCCGUUCUCAAGUAAUUUAAGGAAACUAGGACAGUUUUCCAGUAAAAUGAACCUGUUUUGUCAGAAUUGAUUCAUUUUUCGUGAAGUUUUGGCCAUUUAAAAAUUGACAGAAUUUUGCCUGCUUCAAUUAUUUCCCUUAUUAUACAACCUUCAAAAUGAACUUCGGAUUGAAACUACUCCGUAGAAAGCACUCCCGGCGUAAAACCCGAAGACUUUCCAAAACAAACUGUUUAACUCGUCCGGUUGUUUGAAUUUUCAUUCGCAGUGUCGUAAGAUUUGUCAUUCAAGGCCUGAACACAAUGGAUACGUUGCGGCUGCGUUUGCGGCAAUUUGACAGUUAGCCCAUACAUUUACUGUCACACUGACGUCAACGCAACGCAAACGCAUCCAUUUGUCAAAUAACGUUUGCGGUAAAAAAAAGGACAAAAAUUGCCGAUUUUUCAUGGGUUUACCUUUAAUCGCACUGACGAAACUACUCAUGCAUCAUCAAUCAUUGUAACCCAUGAGUUAGCAAAAAAAAAUUGACAGCUCUAUCAGUCAAACUCUAACUGUGAGGGCGAAAAAAGUGAAGCUACUCCGUUCAGAAGUGUGCGCGUUCAAAAAACGGUACCCCGCCGCGUCAAAAACGGACAUCGUGCGGCACUUUGUGGACGCCGGGUAUGCCGGUUCUGGCAUCUACAACAUCUUGACUCUAUUGGACAACGAUCAGAGCAUCGAAAGAAAGCCCGGUUCCAUACGGCCAACAACCCUGAGCGGCAAGAAGCUUCAAAGGAUGCUGAAGAGGAAGACCGAGGGAAAAGUGGCUAAAUCGCUGCGUGCACUUGGCCGAGAGGUCCGUGCAUGCUCUAAAACAGUGAAAAAGUAUCAGGGGAACAUGGACAUACAUGCAGGAAGCGGCAGUCCCGUCCACUGGUCUCGGAGCUGCAGGCAAUGACGCAGCGACAGCGGUUGAAUAAGAUGGUCAAGUCGAUUUUCCUGGCGAAUCGCGACUUGGCAGUGGUAUUGGACGACUAGACCUAUCUUACCCUGGAUGGCAAUGACUAGCAGGGCUCUUUGUAUUUACCUCCCCCACGAAGGAAGCGAGCACCGAGGUAAAGUUUAUUUCACAGACCAAGUUCCCCAAGAAGGUGCGGCUGUGGCUGACAAUCAGCGAGAAAGGGAUGUCAAAGUUGCUCUUCUUUCGCUCCGGGCUGGCCGUGAACGGGGAAAUUUAUAGUACGAAGUGCCUGACAGGAGUUGCGUCGUUCAUCAAGAAAUACCAUAAGCGCGAAGACACGGUGUUCUGGCCAGAUUUGACGUCGGCCAACUACUCGAAGCGAUCGUUGGAGGAGAUGGCGUGGCUGAAUAUCGAUGUGGUACCGGAGUCGGCGAAUCCGCCCAAUGUCCCUCACCUGCUUCCCAUCGAGAAUUUCUGGCCAAACUUGAAGCGCAAGAUCUACUCCAACAAUUUUGCGCGAAAACGGAGGAAGAAUUAAUAAAAAAAAACGAAUAAAGAGCUUAAAAACCUGGCUACACGCAUGUUUUUGUCCGCCAUGGCGAAUGUUCCUUCCUUCCAUGGGAAAUUUAUCCAACUCAAUUAUCUGUCAUAGUUUUUUUUUUCAUCACCAUCUGAAAUACUUUUUUUCUCACCAUCUGAAAAAAAUUUUUUUUUACCGCAAACGUUAGCUGUCAAAUUAUCGAUACUUAUCGAUAAUAUCGAUAAAAGCCCCUGAAUUAUCGAUUGUUAUCGAUGUCUGUUUUGGGCGAUAUUUCCCUUCACUAAUCUAGUCUUUGGCUUGACAGCCGCCUGUCGAUUAAUCGGCACUAGUUAGGGCCAAGCACAAUGGAUACGCUUGCGUUGCAUUGACGCUAAUUUGACAGUAAAUUUAUGGGGUAACUGUCAAAUUGCCGCAAACGCAGCCGCAACGUAUCCAUUGUGUUUAGGCCGAUUAACUGGUCCGCUUACACACUGAGAAAAAAACACACGCUCAUACCAAAUGCACUUUACAUAUGAAUGUCAAUAAACGAACCCCAUUCUGACGUGUUUAAGCAUUGAAAUCUGAGUGUAAGAAGAUUGAUUUUGAUAUUCAUGACAUGGAAAACCUCUCUGUAAGACACUUGAUUUUGUGCUGUGAACUGAAACGCAAGUGUAUUCCACGUAGAUAUGGAAUGAUUCAUCUAUUAGCACAGACGUAAAUGGAAUCCACUUGGCAGUAACGUGCCGAUUUUUUAUAGCGUAGCAGCUUUAAGAAUUUAAUACGAACAUUUUUCGCGUUUUUAGUAAGCGUGUAGGAGCAUAGAAGUUGAGUUUUUCUAGCAAAUUUUCCGAACAUGGAAACUGUGGAUGCUUAAGCGGGACAAUUCAACGGAACACAUACUUUUGAAGUAGAAUACUUCUCUCAGGAAGUUCGGCUACAUAGGGAUGUGAAAUGAAAAUCUAAAACCGAAAGAAGUGAAAAAUAUGUCCAAUUUCAAAUGCUAAUAAAUCGGUUAGUAUUCGAUGGAUUUCCUUCGUUCUUGCAGCAAUAGAUUGGAAAAUCUUCUAAGAUUCUUCCCAAAAUAAGAUAAUUGUAAUUUUAUUAUUCACACUAUUGUACUAUUGAAAAUAGUCAAGCCUUGUCAAAACGAAAAAUUCAACCUCUGAUUGGUCGUUAUAUGCUUGCUUCCCAAGCACGGUCGACAGGAUCAUAUCGUCGGCUUCGUGCAACACUGGCACAACUCAAAAUUUUGCAUUUUUGAGUUUUUGAUGGCAAACGAUGCGAAAUCUAGUUAAGUUUCAUCCCACGAAACCUCGUUUCAAAAUUCCUAACAAAUCCAGAGUUAUGAGUAGAAGUGCCUUUGCUGCACAAAUCGAAAUUUCUCAAUAAAGUUAGUAAAAAUAAGGUUUCAACUUGGACAACGUGCUCAUAAUAUGUGCAUAAUAGACCCAAAUGUGUUAAAAGAGGAUUGAUAAUUUUAAACUUCAAAGUUUUCUUGAAAAUCGAAAAAUAAAUUUUCGACGCAAAUUUUCAAACGCGUUUUCCUCGAAACCAUGAUUUUUGAGUUGUGCCACUGUUGCACGAAACCGACGAUAAGGAAAUGGUAAACCUGAACUGAAAGGGGUGGCCUAUUACGUAGCACCCUUCGGCUAUAAAAGAGUGUUUCUGGGAAAACUAGCUACAUUCAUUAGUCGGAAGGUGAACUGGAUGGACCGUCCACAACGUUGACAGCAGUAACAGCAGAUAUCGGCACUCAGCAGUAACAGACCAUAGCAGCGGGUUGCGCCUGUGGUUGCCUUCAAAUUAAACAAAUCACUUGCCCUGUGGUUGGUCAUCACGUCUCAGGAGCAGCGCGGUUCUUCUCAGCGUGUGUCGCCAGACUGCCAUUAUUCCCCCCGUGUUGGGGCAGCAUGAAGAUUGCCAUCAGGAAAUCCAAUUUUGAACAUCAAAAUGCCUUUUUCAAGGCAAAUAAACAAGUCAUUGAAAGUUAAUAAUUUUUGUCAACGAAAGCAAGCAUUCUGUGUUGCAUCCUAGCAAUUUAAAUUUGUCGCACCCGUCUAAUUCACUGAAUGUGAAAUAGCUUCCACAGUGCAUGUUGUCCGUGUAUCUUAAAUCCCCCAAUGUUAGGGCAGCUCAAAAGAUGUAAUUAGCAACCGAUUUUGAACCGCAAAAUGCUUUUUUCAAGGCAAAUAUAAAAAUAAUUGAAGGUUAAUAAUUUUCUGGCAUCAACACAAGCAGACAUUCUGUGCGGGAUGCAAUCAAAUUCUGUUGUAGUUGUCUAAUUUUUACUUUUACUUUAUUGAAGUAGAAUACUUCUCUCAGGAAGUUCGGCUACAUAGGGAUGUGAAAUGAACAUCUAAAACUGAAAAAAGUGAGAAAUAUGUCCAAUUUCAAGUGCCAAUAAAUCGGUUGGUUUUCGAUGGAUUUCCUUCGUUUUUGCAGCAAUCGAUUAGAAAAUCUUCUAAGAUUCCUACCAAAUGCAUGAAAUUGCAAUUUUAUCAUUCAAACUAUUGUACUAUUGAAAACUUUUAAGCCUUGUCAAAACACAAAAUUCGACCUCUGGUUGGUCAUUAUACCGCGCUUUCUCAAGCACGGUCGGCAAAGUUAAGAACCUAGUAAAUUGGGAAUGCAUCAUUUGGCCUAUAUAAGAGCUUCAUCAGAUAAUAAACAGACAUUUUAUCGGAUAUUAAAUUGAACAACUGAAAUUUGAAGAACACAAAUGAAUAUUUGAAGAGCUAAUAUUUUCUCGUUUUGCGCUAUAAUCCAAAGUUAAUUAUCUUCAUCUACAUGCAUACUCUGACUAUUAUUACGUGUUUGCGUCGCUAAGUGUUUGGCUGCGGUCAUGCAGAACGCAAGUAACGGCGCGAUGCGAUUCGGCAAGACGAAAUGUGUUGAAAUGUAUAGCUCUACUUCGCCUUAAAAAGAGCUGUACAUUUUACCACGGUAAGGCGAAUCGCAUCGCGCCGGCAUUCGCGUUCUGCAUAACCGUAGCCUUUGUUCCGUUUCCGUUUAAUGAUGUCGUAUUAAAUGUGCAUAUUACAAUCCGGCAGCACUUUAACUUCUCAUUUGCACAAAAUUGAAAAAUAUUCAAUGAACUUCAUUCAAAAUAUCAAACAAAAAGAAAUUACAAUUUUGCCAAUGAACCAAUGAACGGUCAACGUUUAUUUACUAGAAAUGAAUGAAUGAAUGACACGCAGGCAGCCGGGUUAUCUUUCUUGUAAAAGUAUUCUACUUCAACCUUGCGGUCGUGGCUUUGCAUACAACCUUCCUGUGAUUUAAAAAAAAAAGAUUAGGUCGCGGUUUCUCUGGUAGAAGAAACUUAUUCAAUGAAAAAUGGUUACCACCACAUACAUAAGACAAACGUAACACUCAGGAUGAAAUCUUCCAAAAAAGUUGGUACAAAAUGAACUAGUCGAAAGAGUACAACAAAAAAAUCGCCAGUGUUACGUAUGUCUGAGUAUGUGGUUACCACUCUAACUAAUGUUCGUCAUUUAAAAGCCCAAGGUAUCCCCUCUAAUAUGCUACUAAAAUUGGAAUGUUCUAUCGACGGGUCUAAAGCAUUUUUUUUCAGACAUAUUUUUUGUAAUUGGAAAGCUAAUGAUAUGGAUGGGAGCUGUGAAGAGUUAUCACGGGCCGUACUGAAACCUUCAGCGUUUCGUACAGAUAAAGAAGAGGAAAUGCAUAUUUAUUCGUUAUAUUGUGCAAAGAGAAAUACUCCGAUGAUGACCGUAGAUUUGCAAUACUCUACGGAUUUAAAACAAAAAUGGCAUCUCAGGGCAGGGUAGGUGAUUUCUUUCACAUUCUUGUUAACCUUUUUAUUUACAAAUCUUUAAAUUUUCACAAUUUCAAAAGUAGUUAUGGCACAUUCUGUACUCAUAUUGUACGAAAUUUUCGAUUGGGUUUGAGGAUAUCGAAUGUGUCUUAGCUAUAACGCAAAUUUCGUUAAGCAUUGAUCCACUUACCCAUUGAAAUAUCUUGUAUUGCUUAAUCUUAAUUUGUCUGCACUGCCGUACUACUAACCGGUAUAUUUUAGCAGUUGUAUUUUACUCUUUUUUUUUUUUAAAGAGCAUAACCCCCAUAAUCAAUUACCAUAAAAAGUGCCUAACAACUAGUUCGGGAUAUAGUUACGACUGUAUGGGUUAUCGUUAAAACAUAUAGACUAUCGUCCGUUUAUGGUUAUUGAUUAUGCGGUAAGCCCUCAAAACUCCGUGCGCACGGCCAUGCAAAAAUUAAUUCGGUUUCAAGUCUUGAUUGCUUAUUUUUACUCAUCAGCACUCGGUUGCUAAUGCCUAACCCCUUCGUGGGCCAUUCCACACCGCCAUUGUCGUGCCAAACCGUUCUGCGGGCGCCAUCUAUAUGAAACCGAUUUUUUUUUUUCAUUUAUACUACAGAUGUAAUAUUGAAAUAUAGCGCACUCGGUUGAUGAAAUGUUGCGGUCAAUUUAUCAGCACAGGCACGGGAGCGGAAAAUUCGCCACACACAGUUCGAUUAAUGCUGUCCCGUGACCUCAUUUAUAAAUUGAUCAAAUUGUGAUAUGAGCAUAAUAUUUUUGCAACCGCAGGUUGUCCUCUCUAAAGCAUCGUGCUACCAACAAAACCACUCGCAGAUAAUUAUUCAGAAAAGUGAAGAUACCGUAUAAAAAAUACCAACAACUGUGUGUAAGGCAAAGUACAUUCUAUGUUAUGUGUUUAAGUCUCUCAAAACAAAACCCUUAGCACGAAAUCAACAUAUCACAUUCUUGAUUCAUAACCAAUCGUAUAGGAAACCACAGACAGCCAGACACACAUUCCAGAUCGAUUAUUCUCACACAUAUCUCAGAUGUUGUAAAAACGAAGAGGGACAGUUGUUAUUUUGACGAACGUUGAACAUCAACUGUAACAACACAUUCCAUCAUAGCAACAACACAUGCGAUAAUCCAAUAUAAAUGGUGUGUAGUUUAGAGACAUCGCAUAGUCAAGAGUGCGAAAGACUACGGCAGCCGCAUUUCGCAGAAACAAAAACCAAAAUAAACUUCACCUUAUCAGAUGGGGGAAAAACAAACAGCCGAUCAAAAUAUCGAGAGCCUAUUUACGAACGGAAUGAUAAACUGAAACAUAUAUUCUUGUAUCAGCUGUACCGCGUAUAUUUAACCAUACCAAUACCACUAUAUAUAUAGCAUAAAGAAGCAACUAACUGAAAUGAUAAUCACACACGAUGUAUUACAUACAAGGAUGUUUAGCUAAAACUUCGUUUAAUCUGCUCAACAGUAUCAAAAUUUAUUUUUAAAACUAUUACUGCUCGCGAAGCAAACAAUUCAAUGUGUGCUGCUAAGAAAAGAUAAGGAAGAUUUAAAAAAAAUCAUAAUGUUUAUCCUAAACUCGGAAUCCCAAAGACAUUAACUAAUUGACUUCAAAUGAAAUUGAUUUUUAACUUAUACUAGAAUAACUUAUUGGAAUUGUAUUUUAAGAGAAACUCCGCAAUGGAACGCUAGUACUAAGAAAACCAAUUACCAAUGCGAAAUAAAAUGUUUGUAUUUAUU